AGUAGUGUCUGAACAUGAGGGGGAGCGUAGGUUGAUGGAGCGGAUAGUGGCUGCAGAGCGAUAGUAGGCCACUGUGUCAACAAAUCUGGAGAGAUAACAGUACAUAUCGGAGGAGAUUUCUCGAUAAAUUCACUCCAACAUAAUUUGGAUGAGACCGGAACAGUACGGACCUGUUGCCUGUGUGGAGAUGGAGAGGAUCCGUGUUUGACUGAAGGAUCUGUGGGAAAACUAACAGCAGAAGUGGAGGAGAAUGAAAUCUGCUGAUCAUGAAUCGACCGUGGUGGUGUUCAGGCAGUUUGGAAGUGGGGUUCACUGAACCAGGGCACUGCACAAAGGCCUUGAUAUGAAAUCACAGAGGCUCCUGUGGGUCUGUCUGCUCAGCCUGAGCCUCAGUCUCCUCCUGUGGUUCGGACAUGUGAUCAGACGGGACAGUUCGGCUCCAGCUGCGCACAGCACCGGCCUGAGCGGCUAUGAGAGGAUCACAGAGCCGAGGAUGGAGCAGCAGUUCUUGGACAUGCACUGCAACCAGUGUGCCUUGAUCUCCAGUUCCGGACAGAUGCUAGGAGCUGGUGUUGGAGAGGAGAUUGACAAUAUUGAAUGUGUGAUCCGGAUGAACAACGCACCCACAAAAGGCUACGAGAAAGACGUAGGGAGUCGCACCAGUUUACGGGUUGUGUCUCACACCAGCGUUCCUCUGCUGCUAAAAAAUGAGUACUACUAUUUCCAGCAAUCCGCAGACACUACGUAUGUAGUCUGGGGUCCUGAGAGGAACAUGAGGCAGGAUGGGAAAGGACGCAUUUUCAAUAGUCUCCUGAAGGUAGCCAAGAAGUAUCCAAAUGUCAGAAUCUAUGCUGUGACCAGAGAGAAAGUUCAGUACUGCGAUCUUGUGUUUCAGAAUGAAACUGGAAAAAACAGAAUGAAGUCGGGGGCCUUUCUCAGCACAGGAUUCUUCACAAUGAUUCUGCUUAUGGAUAUGUGUGACAGCAUCCAUGUUUACGGGAUGAUAGAUGACAACUACUGCAGUCAAGCCAAUCAUAGCACCGUUCCUUACCAUUACUACGAGCACAACCGAGUCAAGGAGUGCAGGAUGUACAACGUCCACGAACACACACAACGCGGGGGUCAUCGCUUUAUCACAGAGAAGGCGAUCUAUGCCAGAUGGGCAACACGUCACAAGAUGGACUUCAAACACCCCUCGUGGAGCCUUUGAAGGAGGAGAUUCUUGACCUUGUGCUUUUUUUUUCUUUUUCUUUUUUGCUGAAUACUUUUUGUUUUGACUGAGUAUACACUUCUUCAUCCCACUGUUACUGAUGGAGACCUGCUUUUUGGCUGGGUUUUAAAGCAGCUGAUCAGUGUUGGUGUGCAAAGGUGUCCAGUGGUGACGCUGGAUGAAGUUAAGUGCAAACACAGACACAAAGUAUGCUUUUGAUUAUAUGCUGAGGAGAUCUGACUUAAGCAGCCUUUCACUGGCAACAUGUUAAUGUUUUCACAGUAUUACUGAAUGUUUCCAUUAUGUAGAGCCAUGUGUCAGAAUAGACACUGGUUAAA